AUUCGACCUUGACCUGCGCGCGCAGCCUUGAUCAGCGAAAUCAAAUAUCGAUAAAAAUCGACGUUUUUUACGACUUUGGGAGACAUAUGAAGAAAAUCCCGUUUAGGGUCGGAUAUAAAGACGUUCAUUUUUCAAAACAAUUUCAAAAACCAAGAGAACUGCUUGAAAAAAAUGAUUAAACGUAAAAAGCGUUAACAGCUGUAUUGUCCAGUUAAUAAAGGCGACGCUUUGACAUUGAAAUCUAGGAAUUCAAAUUUUAAGACUGAUUGUUGUUAAUUGUGUGAUUAGCUGAUAAAACAUGGAGCCUGUUAUGCCUGGAAAGCGACAAACUGGAGACGGCGUCGAAAAGUUUGAAGGAUACCAAUUGCCAACAGAUGGCAGUAACGGGGACGAAUACUUUACAGCAACCUUCACAUCAAAUGCGGUAAAUAAUGCGAAUGGUUUUGCAGAUUUCGGACAUGGACCAAACUUUUCACCGCGAAAACCUUUACCGAACAUGGACGGUCUUUCUGAACAAUUCGCUUCAAUGGGAACGAGACCUCGCAUGCAUUCGCCCAUGUUCAAGAGAAGUGCUGAAACGAUCGCGGACUUUAGAUCCAGUCAUGGGCAAUAUCCGGUUUCUAGUGGACCAGCCGUAUUAUCUACUGUGCCUCUCUCUAGGCCUCCACCUUCGAUCCAUGUACCGCAACAACCGGUACCGUUGAUGAGAGAGAGUCCAAGACACAGUCCUUCUCCAAUGGACGGAAACCAUGGUAUACGAACUUUAAGUUCACCAGUUUCUGUUGGCUCAUCCCAACACUCAACUCCAGCUAAAUCAACUCAGAGGCUGCAGCAAGAAAAUGUUGGAGGUACGACUUAUUAUAAUUAUUACCCUGAUAUGGAUCAUCACCAGCAGCAAACUCAGCAGCAAAAUCACCAGCAGCAACCGGGCAUUAUUAUACCAAACUAUACAGCGCAUCCUGGCCCGUUACCGCAUGUAGCCCAUAUGAAAGAGAGACUUGGCAAUCAAUCUGGAUUUUUUGUUCCCGAUGAACUUAAAUCGGAGAUUCUUCGAAAGCAAGCUCUUACAUUGCUAACAAUUGAUCCGGAGCAACAUACAGAUAUUCCUCGAGAUGUCGACAAUUUUACUCAAAUUUAUCCUUUAGAACCUCCACAAACAAAUACGAAUAAGACAUCAACUUUGUUUGGCUAUACGACAUCUGUUUAUAAAGGUGUAAAUACUAAAGAUAGUUACACUUAUUGCCUUAGGAGAGUUCAUGGUUUUCGAUUAACUCAACCAAAAUCAAUUGCUCUGGUUGAUGCCUGGAAGGCCAUAGAACAUUCGAAUAUUGUGACACUACGUCAUGUUUUUACAACUAAGGCAUUUCACGAUCAUUCUAUAGUCUUUGCUUAUGAUUAUCAUCCGGGUUCUGAAACAAUUAUGGGCAAACACUUGUCCAAAGGACCGAAUCUGGCUGAUGGGGGUCGACAGCCAGUUUUACUUCCUGAAAAUAUUUUAUGGUCUUACGUUGUUCAAUUAUCGUCCGCUCUAAGAUUGAUGCAUUCUAAUGGGUUAGCUUGUAGAGUGGUUGAUCCGUCCAAGAUUAUCAUCACAGAUAAAUCCAGGAUUCGGUUCAAUUGCGUUGGUAUGAUGGAUGUCCUAACAUUUGAUGCAAACCAAGGAGCCAAUCCAGCUGCAGUAACAUCCCAUUAUCAGAGCGGUUCACCUGCACGCACUGAUGUCAGACAUUCGGACCAAAGGAUCAGACAUUAUCAGCAAGAGGACUUAACCUAUCUGGGAAAGGUUAUUUUGGCUUUGGCAUGUAAUUCAGUUGCUGGAAUACAACGCGAUCGAGUAUCAGCUUCUAUCGAAUUGGUGUCAAGAAAUUAUUCAACGGAUCUACGGAAUGUUAUCGUUUACUUGCUUAGUCCAUCGAGGGGAUCUCCAAGAUCUAUAAAUGAUAUAAUGCCUAUGAUUGGAGCCAGAUUCUACACUCAGUUAGAUGCUGCUCAAUUGCGUGGAGAUGUUUUAGAAAAUGAACUAUCCAAGGAAAUUGAGAAUGGUCGUCUUUUCCGACUCAUAGCCAAGCUAGGGUUAACGAAUGAACGAGGAGAGCAUCAAAUGGAUCCAGCUUGGUCAGAAACAGGAGAUCGCUAUAUGUUGAAACUAUUUAGGGACUAUCUGUUCCAUCAAGUGGAUUCAAAUGGUGUACCGUGGGUGGAUUUGGCUCAUAUCGUCAAUUGCUUGAAUAAAUUGGAUGCGGGUUCAAGCGAAAGAAUUUGUCUGAGUUCGCGUGAUGAACAAAGCGUACUACUUGUUACCUAUGCGGAAUUGAAACAAUGUUUUGAAACAGUUAUAAAUGAAUUAUUAACACCGCCUAGUAGUUUAAACUACUAAGUCAAUAGAAUUUUACCGAUCUGUAAGAAUAAUAUGGUGAUGAAACAGCUUUAUUUUUUUUAAAUUGUAUAAUUUCUUAUAGAAUAUUAUGUUAAAAAAAAAAACCGCAAUAUUUUUAUUCUCGUUUUUUUUUCUGUUGAUAUAAAAAAAAAAUCUAAUGAAGUUUUUCUUUAUUAAGCCAAAAAAUAUGUGCAUUUUUUUAAAACUAUAUAAUUGUUUCAUAAACCAUAGUAAUUCUUCCACGAUAUUAA